AUGAAGGCCGAUGUAGAGGAUGGUUUUCUCAAGCUCUUAAUGGUGGUUGAGGUAAGGGACUGUGAUAGGCUCGAUUGUGAAGGCCGAAUGGGAUGGAUCAUUAGAAGAACUAGUCGGAGAGAAUGGGCUAUUGGUUAUAAGGGUGGAUUAGUGGUAGUUAAAUUUCAACUGCCAAGAGUGGUUGUUGAGGCUGGGAAAUGCAAGUUCUGGGAUCCAUCUUAUCGAUGCUUUGUAUUCAACCAAGAAGACUUAGCCCUCACGAUUGAAGAAUAUUCUUCUUUACUCCGAAUAGAGUCUAUCAAUCAAGAUAAGACCUAUUGGAAAGAGCAUAAGACUACCGGAUAUAGAAAGAAAUUAGCCAAGAUCAUGCAAGUGGAGGUUGAAGAGAUAGACAAGCACAAGAAAGAAAAGAAUGGGGUUGAGACCAUUUCAUCAGCUUUUUUGCUCGAGUACAUAAGAAAGUAUAUUGAUACUGAUCAAGGGUUGGAUGUGUUUGCUUUGGCCAUUUAUGGAUUGAUGAUAUUUCCUAAGAUUUUAGGACAUAUAGAAGCAUCAGUGGUUGAUUUCUUUGAGCAAUUAGAUAAAGGUAUAAACCCUUCACCAACGAUUUUGAAGCCAUUUUUAGGGGAAAGAAAAGAUAUCAUUUCGGCCAUUCUCCUACAUUUCAAUCCUAUCAAGGAGUUUAUUGCUAAAAAAUGGAGAAAAGAUUGGACAAAAGGUCAGUGGUUGGCAUUCUUUCUGAAGCUCACGAGCGAGGAUGUAACAUGGAGGGCACUAUGGAUGCUUUCGAUGGCUAUCUUGUAUAGUUGCGGAGAUGAGUCAUAG